AUGACGUCCUACAUUAAAUCCAUUGAUGGACGUGCUUGGUUAUCUGUACUUACCGGAUGGGAGCCACCUACGAAAGAAGUUGAAGGGGUGAAACAUGAGAAAAAUGAAGCUGAAUAUAGUACGGGUGAGAGCUCGUCGGCCAACUUCAAUUCAAAAGCACUCAAUGCAAUUUUUGGCACGGUCGAUGAGAACAUGUUUCGCUUAAUUAGCACGUGCACUACUGCCAAAGAUGCAUGGGACACCUUGCAACGUCAUUGUGAGGGUUCAAAGAGUGUUUGUCAAACGAGGCUGCGACUCCUUGCAGCAAAAUUCGAGACAAUUCGGAUGCUCGAAAAUGAGAAUAUCUCGUCAUACACGGCCAAGUUGAUGAAUAUUGCGAACGAGUGCUACUCUCUUGGAGAACCGAUCUCGAAUGAAAAGCUUGUAGCGAAAGUAAUGAGAUCUCUUCCAAAGCGCUUCAACAUGAUGAUCACGGUGCUUGAUGUCUCGAAGGAUGUGACAGCCAUUAUAUUUGAUGACCUUGUUGGCACUCUCAAGACGUUCGAGAUGAAUCUUGAGUCCUGGGUAGCCUCAACCAAACCGGCCCGGCAGCCGAAAACGAAGAGGACAGGGCCGGAAUCCUACAAUGCUAGGCAUCGUCCAAAUGACCCAGCCAAAAGCCAUCUAAUCAGUCCAAUCCCCAAAAGCGGCCAGAAUCGCCUCAGAGAGACGAGGAGAACACUGCCGACGAAGCAGCCGAACACAGCCGAGAACACAGCCGAACACAACCGACCACUGAGAAGUCCGCCACCUGCCGCAGCUAAUGAAACCGAGAGAAAGCAGCAAAAAGAGAAGCUUACCACCGUACGACGCUGCCGAUCGUCGAAGACGGAAGCUCGCCGACCCAGUCCCUCCACCGUUGGCGCCACCGCCACCUCACCGUCUGCGCUAAUAGCAUCAAUCUUCCACGACGAGGCUCGCUGCCACGCCUCGUCUCACGGCUUCUCCGCCAAGAACGUCGAUAACCCAUCCUCCACCGAGUCCUACUCACUCGACGAGAUCGUCUACCCUUACUGGGAAAAAAAAAAUUGUGAUUAUGAAGCAUGA